AUGUCAAACGAUUCCGAGUGUUUGAACCUCAAUGAAGAAUUAUGGGAAUUUCGUGGUGAUUUGACGACUCGGACGCCAACAAUGGUUAUCUUCUCCAUACUUUAUGCCAUUAUAAUCAUAUGUGGAUGUGUUGGUAAUACAUGUGUAAUAUUAGCCAUAACUAGAAAUAAAACUCUUCAAACUGUUCCGAAUCUCUUCAUCAUAUCAUUAUCAUGUUCGGAUAUCGUCGUAUGUUGUAUCUCAGCUACCAUAACACCCAUAACAGCGUUUCGCAAAGAAUGGAUUUUUGGGGAAGCAUUGUGUCGAAUCGCUCCUUUUAUAGCUGGAAUUAGCUUGUGCUUUUCAACUUUCACUUUAACAGCAAUUUCGAUUGAUAGAUAUAUGCUUAUACGAUUUCCAAUGAAAAAACCGCUGAGCCAUCUUCAAGCCUGCGGAGUGAUAGCUUUUAUAUGUACUUUGGCGGCUUGUAUAUCUUCUCCAAUUAUUUUCAAACAAACACUUGAUGAAUUCGCAAACUUCUGUGGAAAGUAUUGUACCGAGGAUUGGAGUGGAAAUGAGAGUCAAAGACGAAUUUAUGGAGCUGCUCUACUUGGUGUGCAGCUUAUAGUUCCGCUCUUCAUAAUCAUUCUCUCUUAUACGGCUAUUUCUAUUCGUAUAGGACAGAGUAUGAUUCUCAAAGGAGCCAAACAACAAUCGAGUGAUAAUUGGGAAGUUCAAUUAACAGAUCAACAACGAAUGGCUGUGAAGCGAAAACAACGAACUAAUCGAAUGCUCAUUGCUAUGGUUGUUGCAUUUUCACUGAGCUGGAUCUGGUCAGUCUCCUUCAAUGUAUUGCGGGACUAUGAUUUUUUACCGGAAUGGAUUAAAGAACAGGAAUAUUUAUUUGGUAUCGGAACUCACUGUGUUGCUAUGACGUCUACAGUUUGGAAUCCAUUGCUUUAUGCUAUGCUCAAUUUACAACUGCGAGCUGCUUUUGUCGAUCUGAUGCCAUGUUGGCUAAGACGGAAGUGGAAUUUGGAGAAGACUACUUCUUCACGUCUCCUGACAGAGAACACGAGGGUUCCUCAAACGAAGUAUGGAACGACGACAGUCAGAGGCAAUGAGCAGCAGAUGCUCAAAACGCUUACUAAACGCUCCGCUGAGCCAGCAGCGUUCGUUGUUGUAGAUGCCAUUUCAAGAGAUUCUAGAAGUGAAUCAACGAGCCAACGUCGCGAAUCUCGUAAAGCUUCUGUCAUGCGGGUUCUAGUUCAACGGGUUCAGAAGCAAGAUGAUCAACAACAUUUAAUCUCUUCUGAUAAUUCAUCAAGUGGUACAGCGUGUUCAGUAACAUCACCUGACAAUUCGGAAGUGUUUUUGGACGCAGUUCGACGUAAAAGCACUGCGGGCUGCUUCAUGAUUGUCAGACAAUCGGUGGAAUUCCCAUCAGCUCCUGUUAGUACUCUUGUGCGGAAUAGUUCUUUCUGA